CCAAAAUGAAGCGAACGCUUCUCUCAAGCCAUCGAAUACCAUGGUCCCGAAGCGCGCAAUCUCGAAUCCUCACCCGUCAGCAGGACCGCCGUUUCGCAAGCCCCUCCUCCAGUGAACCCCCCAGACCCGACGGUGCCAGAACCUACGAUGUCGUCGUUAUAGGUGGAGGCCAUGCGGGCUCGGAAGCAUGCGCAGGAGCCGCGAGGUCGGGGGCGAGGACAGCGCUUGUGACGCCGAAAAUUGAUAAUAUUGGGGUUUGUUCGUGUAAUCCCAGUUUUGGGGGGAUUGGGAAGGGCACCAUGUUGAGGGAGAUUGAUGCGCUGGAUGGGGUUGCGGGGAGGGUCAUUGAUAAGGCUGGGGUCCAGUUCAAGGUGUUGAACCGGAAGAAAGGUCCUGCUGUUUGGGUAUGUGUUUGUGUCUUGGAUGUCGGCGGAGUGGGGGGAAGAUAGUAUGAUACUAACUGUGUGAAGGGACCUAGAGCGCAGAUUGAUAGGGAUCUUUAUAAGAAGCAUAUGAGAGCCGAAUUGGAGACUUACCCGAAUCUCUCAAUUGUGCCGGGCAGUGUGGCUGAUAUCGUUGUUGAGAGGGAAGAGGGUUCGGCGCAUGGAAGGAUAACCGGUGUACGACUGGAAUCUGGGGAACUAAUACAUACGAAUCAGGUCGUUAUUACGACUGGUACCUUCUUGGGAGGUGAGAUCCACAUUGGACUCGAAUGCCAUCCAGCUGGACGGAUGGGAGAAGCUGCUACAUUUGGCUUAAGUAAAUCGCUGAAGGAUGCGGGGUUCCAGCUUGGAAGGUUGAAGACUGGAACUCCACCACGACUGGCAAAGAAGACUAUUGAUUACAGCACCCUCGAUGCUCAGCAUGGCGAUGAUCCACCAAUGCCAUUCAGUUAUCUGAACGAAAAAGUUUCUGUGGAAGAUCAGUUACUUUGUUAUGCGACGUACACCAAUGAAACUUCACAUGAUGUUGUUAGGGCAAAUCUUGACAAGUCAAUACAUAUCAGAGAGACUGUCAAAGGUCCUAGAUAUUGUCCUUCACUGGAAUCAAAAGUCAUCAGAUUCGCAGACAAACAGCGGCAUAUUGUAUGGCUAGAACCGGAAGGGUUCGAUAGUGAUGUUAUCUACCCCAAUGGCAUCUCGAUGACUAUCCCCGCGGAAGCACAGGAAGAGUUGCUGAGAACGAUUCCCGGGCUGGAAAAUGUCCAAAUGCUACAAGCAGGCUACGGUGUUGAGUAUGAUUACGUUGAUCCUCGAAGUCUCAAGGCCAGCUUGGAAACCAAAGCAAUUGAUGGAUUGUUCCUGGCUGGUCAAAUUAAUGGAACCACCGGAUACGAAGAAGCAGCAGCUCAAGGGAUUAUCGCCGGAAUCAACGCUGGAUUAGCAUCGCAAUCAGAACCACCUUUGGUGUUGUCACGCGGUGAUGGAUAUAUUGGUAUAAUGAUUGAUGAUUUAAUUACCAAGGGAGUCUCAGAACCAUACCGCAUGUUUACCUCACGUAGCGAGUACCGAAUGAGUGCAAGAGCAGAUAAUGCAGACCAACGUCUCACACCACUUGGACGAAAAUUCGGGGUCAUCAGCGAAGAACGCUGGACACAUUUCCAAGACGAAAUAGCCCAAAUCGAGGAACUCACCACAGCCCUAACAGCAAAAUACAUGAGUGCUCCCUUCUGGCUCCAAAACGGCUUCAAAGUAGGGAACGACUCCACACUUCGAACAGCAUUCGACAUUAUCCGCCUAGCAGGCGUCACAAUCCCCGACCUAGCUUCUGUAGUCCCCGAAGUCACGAAAUUCUCCCCGCACAUUCAGAAUAGGGUCUGGAUUGACUCUACGUAUGCUCCUUAUGUCAAGCAGCAGAAGAAUGCCAUGCGCAUCUUUGAGAAGGAUGAGAAUCUGAGGCUUGAUACGAGGCUGGAUUACGAUAAGAUUUUUGGCUUGUCGAUGCAUGAGAAGCAUGUAUUGCAAAUGACGAAACCCGAGAGUGUGGGGCAAGCGCGACGGAUUGAAGGGAUGACUCCUUCGGGACUUAUUAGACUCUUGGUCUUUGCUAAGAAGGAGGGGACGUUCAGGUCGCGAGCAAUUUAAUGAACGAAGAGGUUGCGUUAUAGAAAUAGUUGAGCUGUGAUGGAUUUGGGGCAGUUCAGUUGGACUGACGCGAAAUAUUGUCCCUCGAGGCUGCAGGUUGAGCUGGGUUUGAUUUGAAUCUGGUUGACUCUAGUAAGAGACAAGAAACGGCAGAAAAGACUUCAUUGUACUCUAGGGUUUCAGAUGUGUUGUAUGAAUCUGUACAUAUAGUUGAUGUAAUACAAAAAGCUACAAUGCCCCCCUUAAUGGAU